GGGAAUCCUUCUGCCAGUGUUCACCUGUUUCUCAAAGUAAAAUCUGAAGAACAUGGAGUUGAAGUUUAUCCUAUUUGCCGCUCUGCUCAGUCAUGCUGCUGUGGGUACACAGUCCGCCGCAAAUCCCAAAGCCAAUGCAAAAACGAAGAAGCUGUUGACGGCUUUGAGCAAACUUGGAGACAGGAUCCUCUCCGGAGCCUUCGGCGGUUACAACCUCUUCGUUCAUGAGGUCGGUUUCUCCAUGGAUCAAGCAAAUGGAAUCCAUAAAUUGACUAAUAAGUUCCCCGCUGUCUAUGGAAUCGACUGUUCGCCAGGUUGGGAGACCACUGAAGAAGGUCAUGAAACCGACAUCCUCGAUUGUUUUAACUCUCAGAUUGUAGAUUAUGCUAAAAAGGGAGGUAUCAUUACUGCCAGCCACCACUUCCCGAACCCUGUGUUUCCAGGCAACAGAGUACCCGGAAAUCAAAUAAGUAACAAAAACUUUUCCGAAAUUCUCCAGGACGGAACACCGGCGAGAAACAGGUGGUUAAAAAUGAUGGGAAAGAUUGCUGAAGGUUUUCAACGGUACAAGGACGAGGGGAUCACCAUCUUAUACCGUCCCUUCCACGAGAUGAACGGAGGCUGGUUCUGGUGGGGAAAAAUAGAUGACGAAAGCCAAAAUGAUGAAAGACAUCGCCUCUUCAAGCUCCUCUGGCAGGAUCUCUUCAACUUCAUGAAAAAUAAAGGACUGGAUAACCUACUUUGGGUCUACUCUCCCGGAGCUUUUAGUGGUUCCUAUACCGCCUUCUACCCAGGAGAUAACUUCGUCGACAUAGUUGGCUUAGACUGGUACACUGAUAACGGUGUUACUAAAUGUGAAGGUUACGAUGAGCUGACUCGCCUAGGAAAGCCUUUCGCAUUUGCAGAAGUCGGACCAGCAGGGGACAGUCAUGGGAAGCUCGAUUUUGGAUGGUUUGUCGAAACAAUGAUAUCUCACUACCCGAAGGCUGUAUACUUCAUGCCUUGGAAUGGCAUAACUGGUCCCAUCCAGAACAAAAACGCCUGGGGAGCUUAUAAUAAUCCUAAAGUGAUCAACAUGGGGGAACUAAGAGUGUGAGACGUUUUUCUGUAAUAUCAUAUAUUUUUCUAUAAUAAAGCUCUUAUUCCAUUAGAGUGGUCAAUUAUUAACGGAUGCCUUCGUUGGUCUUGAGGUAGUUCCUUUCUUUUCCUAUACAAAUGAUUAUUUCUUUAUUGAAAUCUACUAUAAAUUCUUAAUAUCAGAUACGAUUCAAUAAACCAUGGCCUAACUAAAUAUGUAUUUACUAUAAAAUAAUAAAUUUGUGAGGUGAAAUUUAAAUUCAAGGAAUAAAACUUGCAUACUAUUAGAAUUGUUACUGGAAAAAAUCUAUAUGCAUUCGCAGCACACCUUUCGAAAUAUAUCAAGGGACAAGUUGAGCACUAAACAUUUUGAACCUUGGUUUGUAUGUACUUUUUUUUUUGUCGCAUUUCUCUCUAUAUUUUUUCUGUUAUUCAUAGGGUUGUACAAUGCUAAUAAUAAUGUUUAAUAAUAGUUUAUAAAAUAAUUGUAUAAGUUUAAAAAUGAAAUGUAACAAAAUCAUUUUGCAAUAUAAUGUUCAAUAAAAUGUGCAUUAAAUAAAUUGGUAUAAUAUUACAAUUAAAUUCUAAACUAAGAGAAUAGAAUAAAAAAAAAAAAAAAAAAAAAAAAUUAUAUAUAUUAUUAUUUUAAAGUUGAUACCAACAUGACUGAUAACUGAUAACUAAGAAUUUUGAUUAAAAAAAAUUAUUAUCCUCUGAAAUGAAAUUACUAAUUAAUUAUAGUCUGUUUCGAGGAGGUUACGAAUUUGACAAUUUAUAUUUUCCCUACCAAGCCAUAAUAUUUACGCCAUUAUUAAGAUUUUUCUAGGAUUAAGUAAAGAUUUUACAUCUCAGGUUAUACAUUCAUCAUAACUUGUUCCCAGAAAGAUUUCCAAUAGUUACUAUCCUCAAAGCUACAAGGACUCAUAAUAACAUCCACUUAUUUCUUUACAUAGUAAACUAAUACUGAUGAGAUCAUUGGAUUGGUACCGUAGAAUAGUGUUGUAAAAAAAAAAAAAAAUAUAUAUAUAUAUAUAUAUGUGUGUGUUGUGUGUGUGUUCUGCAUGUGUACCAUAUAUAUUACGGUACCUAAUAAUUUACUCAAAAGACUUUUUACAAAAAAAGCCGAUUACAUUUAUAUUUUGGUUUACUAAUGUUUCUUAUUUAGUAUAAUCACCAACUAAAACGAAGGGCCAUUUAAUGCUAUUCAAAUUAACCUGCUAUUAAAAUAUAAUGAUGUAUUUUUUAAAUUACAAAUAGUACGGAAGCGAAAUUUAUUUUUAUAAUUAUAAAAUAAGUUCACUGGUAAUUGAUGAAUUUAAUUGACGAGUAAUACAAAAGUCUGGUUACAAUGAAAGCAACUCCUCUGAGAGUUGAUGGAAAUUAAAAUCCUUUCUUGGCCUCUCCAGAGCUGGGAUUCCUCUCUUGUAAAUUAGGCUUCAUCUUUAUAACCUCUAUUAACUCCAAUGCUCCUUUCAUUAACGAUAUAAUCAUAGCAGAAGAAUGAUUCCCUUUCGGUUCUCUCAAUAAAGCAUUUCUUGUAUAAUUUACAUCUAUUUAUUUUACAGGGUCUGCAUGCAUACCCAUCCUGUGAACUAUUCACAUAAACUGCUUGAAAUAAUUAUUGAAUAUUUAGUUUGAGAGCCCGUGAGAAAAAUGACAGUAUCCGAUGAAAAUAUAAAAGUACAGAGAAAGUAGAGGAUCGAAGUGGAAUAUUUAUUGCGAAAAAUGAGGAAAUUUUGUUUAUUUUUUCAACGUGUAUAUAUGGGUGUAAAAAACCAAAUUACUAACGCGAACCACCAAGGAAAAACUUUUUAAAGCAAAGAAAGCCAUAUUUUAUCAAAUUUUUUUUCCUAUAACCUCUAAACGGUACAUCGAAGUAGGAAAAGCUUUAAGAAAUUAAAGAACGUUAAAUUGGGCGUCGAAUAAAUGCAUAAAUAAGAACUUGGUUAGGUGGAAUGGUUGAUAACCACGGUCAACCAGCCUGAUUUUUAUUCAAAUUAGUCUAAAACUGAUACAAACUACAAUAAAUGGCGUCGGCUUGGAAAUGUUUCUCUAAAAACAAAACUCAUAGAAUAAAAGUUGUAGAGCAUCGAAUUCCGCGGACUUUCGGAGUAAUUCUCUAAUGUUUUUUCCUUCCCCAAAUUAAAUACCUUUCUCAUCAACAUUAUUAUCCACAACUCUUUUAUUUCUAAUCCCUUUCCAAAUAAAGCAAAAUCAGGUUCUGAUCAUCUAUCUGAUGACUAAAGGAAGUACUUAAAUAAAACGGAGAUACGUUUUUCAAAAAUGAGGAUGUACUCUUCAAUUUCUCGCACAUUCGUAAAAGGAAUAUAAAUAGAUUCCGUUGUUUUAGGAAACAAAUCAUUCCGAAAUUUAAACGGGCACAACAUUCAAUAUCUUGUAAUGGUGAUUCCAUUUUCUUCUUCGUGGUAGUUUCCAAAAUUUUAUUUAUUUAAUAAAGGUUUGAUAUUCGUCACACCUCUACAGGUUUGAAAUGAAACCUGAGUUUUUUAUGUUUUAUGUAUAUAUAUAUACAUAUUUUAUCUAUGUAUAUGUAAUUUUAUACUUGCAUCGCAAUAGAAUUUUUGUUUAAAAUGUUCUAUAUUUGAAUUCCUUAUAUUACCAUGGGGCAAAUAGCUAGUUACUUUACAUUCACCUCAUAAAUAAUGCAAAAAUACACACAUGUGUUCUUGAACAUUUGUCAUCCACUGAGAACAACUGUAUUUAUUGCUAUAUAAAGCGCUGAGGGUUACCCUGUUGUCAGCAUUCUACUGUUUUUCCUAAGGACAGUCUGAAUAAAAUGACGAUAAAGUACUUACUAUUCGGUGUUCUGCUGUGUCAUGCGGCUAUGAGCGUCCAGUCCACAGCUAACGCUGGAGCCAACGCAAAAACAAAGCAGCUAUUGUCAACUCUGGGAAAUCUAGGAGGUAAGGUUCUUUCUGGAGUUUUUGGUGGCUACAACAACCACGGUGGUGAAAUCGGAUUCUCCUUGGACCAAGCUGUCCUUAUCAAGGAAUUGACCAGUAAGUCACCGGCCGUCUAUGGGAUCGACUGUUCCCCUGGCUGGCUGACCGCUCCUGCCAACCAUGAGGCCGACAUCAUAGAAUGCAUGCACCCUCAGGCAGUAGAAUAUGCCAACAAGGGCGGUUUCAUCACAGUCAGUCACCACUUGCCAAACCCCCAGUUUGCAGGAAACAACGCAAACGGAGAAGGAGCCUUCAAGACCGAAAUUAGCAACAGCGACUACGCAGCCAUUCUCCAGAACGGAACUCCCCAAAGGACGAGGUGGUUGAACAUGUUGGAAAAGAUCGCUAAAGGUCUUCAAGGCUACAAGGACCGCGGAAUCACCGUACUCUACCGUCCACUCCACGAGAUGAACGGAGACUGGUUUUGGUGGGGAGCAUUGAAAGAUCAAAACCAAAACGGAGAGAGGCAGCGUCUCUUUAAGCUUCUGUGGCAGGAUCUGUUCAACUUCAUGCAGAAGAAGGGACUAGACAACCUCCUUUGGAUCUUUUCCCCCGAUCACGGCAGAUCUCACAAGACAGGUUACUACCCAGGUGAUAACUAUGUCGACAUCGUUGGCUUGGACUGCUACACCGAUGACCCCACAAAAAUUAACGGCUAUGAUGAGAUGACCGGCCUCGGUAAACCUUUCGCCCUCGCCGAAGUGGGACCUAGUACAGCCAAUGGUCAGUUCGAUUACGAUUGGUUCGUGAAAUCAAUUGUAUCUCUCUACCCGAAGACUAUUUACUUCAUGCCAUGGAAUGCUGAAUGGAGUCCUGCUAAGAACAAGAACCCAUGGGGUGCUUACAAUAACGCCAAAGUGCUAAAUCUGGGAGACUUACGCAUCUAAACUUCUGCGAUUGAAGAAAGUAUAAAUUGUACAUUUAAUUGAAAUAAAUCUACCAACUUAUACCAAUUAUGAAAUUAAAUUAAUCAUUAA